AUGACCGUGCACCCGGAUUUUCCUCUUUGGGGCGUGAAGUACAGUCGCAUCAUGACGAAGACUCCGUUGGACUAUGCCAACAAGAAUGAAACUACCAGCUCAAUGAGUAAUGUGAAGAGCCAUAACUUCGCCUGUUCAUCUCACUCUGCCUUCCUGGUCGUCUAUGCAACCCAUGAACGCAACGACACACCGAACUCCACCAAAGGCAACUUUCUGGUAGGCAUUCCUUCUUCACACUUUUAAACCAUUAACGGUUACACGUUUUAACUACAGCCAGUCAUUAGCCUACAGCUUGUCUAGUGUGAUGGGGAAUACUGGAUGGGACCUGGGGUAUGACGUCUACCAACAAACCUUGAUCUCAGGACGGAAAGCGACGUUUUUAUACCCUGAGCGUUACCUUCUACAGUCAUAUCAGGCCGUCGAAUAGCAGCCAGUGAUUAAGAGGUACUGCCGAAAAAGACAGGGGAGGCUGAAAUAGUCAUAUUUGACUAACUCCGGACCAACUGGGCUCGCGUUCCAACUACGGAUUUUGCGACCUAAGCCUGGACUACGCUCAGCUAGUGACUGCAGUUAGACCAAAAAUUGCUUUCUCAGUUCUUGCUUGUUGUUAUGGCCCAUGGUCCUCAUUCCUAUAACUGCACCUGCCGGCACUUGCCAAAUGGUCUGGAGAAAACCUUUUUACGCACUCACUUCUUUUGCCUUUUCGAACUGCGAAUCUUGAGUACAUUAAAUGCCUUUAAGAUUGGCUGGAUCGUAAGCCCUCUAGUAGCUCCCCACCUUUUCAGUUUUCUCAAUAACAUUAAAGGUAGCAACCUCGAUUGUUUACUAACAUUUCAGGGCAAUAGUUUAAAGCUUCUCAUCAGUGAGGCUGUAAAGAGGAAUUGUUGGCUUCCCAGCAUCCAAAUGGCUAACAAUAGGAAGCAGAGUCCCGCAGGGUUCGAUACUACAUUCUCUUCACCUCCUCAUCUAAAUAUACGACUGCACUGAUAAUAAUGGCUGCGAUGUCGACGUGCUUGCUGGUGGUAGAAAAGUCUGGACAACGAUCAUCAGAACUGCACCAAUUGGAUUCCACGCAAAAGAAGCGGAUACGUAAAAUGACCUAGCUACCUAGACAGCUUUGAAUUUGAUGCCCUCCGAACACCGUAAAGAAGCUGCCCAAAAGACAACGAACAUCAUGGACUGAAUUAAGUGAGCUUGCGUAGUCUCGUCUCCCGAACUAUUUGCGCGCAUAUCUGGUACGUUCGCUAGGCCGUAUUUUGAAUAUGGAAAACCAGCGUGGAUUCGGUAGGCUAAGAAAGACGGUGACGUCAUCGAGCAGGUGCAGCUACGGACAACGAAACUGGUGGGCGGUUUCAAAACUUCGUUUUAUUCAGAAAGACUGACCAAGUCCUGUUUGGUUCUUCUAUCCUAUAGACAGUUGGGGUGCAACCCGUUUUGGAUAUUCAGCUAGAUCGCAGUUGGUAGCCAGGCCCCGCAUUACAGGUGGCUGGGGGAUUUGUUUAGGGUUCCGUUAGUAUUAACGGUUGACGUUUAAGGUUGAGGUUAUGGUUAGGGUUAAGGUCGCCGUCCGCUUCCCCAUUCCUGGCUACCAACUGCGAUCUAGCCCGGGAUCGAGUGAGAUCCGAACUACAACAGUGAGAGUCAAACACUUAUUUGACAAUAACAUUAUGUUGUUCAGAUAAUGACGGUUGCCAACUUUAUCGUGAAGUGGACAUGAUGAAAAAAUUCCGCGCGUAUAAAACAAGCCACUGCCACAUUUUCAGACUAAAGAUCAUGUGGAGAAAUUUUCGCGAGAAAAUCUGCCAGCACCUGGUCAAUGUCUUUCCGUCAAACUUUUUUCAAAUUAAUCUAAAUAUCGCAAGUGGCGACCACGUUGACGCCUGGGGAAGAGAUUCACAUCUAGCUGAAAACUGGUGUUGUCUGUUGGAUAGAAAGACUUGGGGCACCAAUUACUAAAUACCGGUCAGCAGAUUACUCAGAUGACUUAGUGGUCACAAUGUGACUGCGAUUACGGUAAUUAGGACUAGUUAGUUAGGGAUUAUUAUUUACUGCUAACCACACAAGAACAACGCUGGGUCGGGCUAUGUGACAAUGAGCUUAGGUCAGCCAAAAAUGGGACUCCAUGCUCCAGGCUGUUGAAAAUUCAUUGUCCGCACGGUAGCAUGUCCACGCAGAGCUUUGCCCGUCAUCGAAAGUCGCAGGGGGGGGGGAGGGAUGGUGCAAUUAGGUGCAUAGUGAAGUCAUGUAUUAGGAGAUACGGGGAUCUAUGGAAGAAAUGAUCUGUCCAAUCUCCGUCAUAAUGCUACCAUAGAAUACGAUACCGAACGAAAAGGUGUCGCCGGUGACCAAGCAAAUACUUUGGCGACAGUAUCCCGUCAAACGUCGGGCACACUGUAAAGAUAUAUACGGCAAACGUCCAUAAUCAAUCGGUCUUUUAUUCGAUAAGAUUGACUGCAUGUUUGUUUAAGCACAUAGAGACGACCAAUCUCUUCCAGCGAGCGCUUUUUUCUCCCUAAAACAAUCAAACGCGACGGCAGAGUGCUUAGUUUUAGUUACAUACCAGAUGGUCCGUAGCGCUGCGAGGUUCCGUCGAAAGAUUUGUACGCAUGCACGUAUUUGAGAGUUGCGGGCGGAGCCCUUGAUGUACAGAUGAGAUUGUAUACAGCAAACAUGAAAUAUGGUCGUUUGGAAUGUACACGGAAAAAUUUUACGACAAACGCUUAGCGAUACGAUACAUGACGAAUAAGAUCUGAAGUGAAGUUUAUCGGUGGUCGUAGGUGAUCCUGCAGCAAGAGGCGUUGUCUAUCAAAAACUAAGCUGUCCAAUUGCCUUAUGAGCGCAGUUAUGGUAGCAGAAUCUUGAGAAUGUGUUUCAUGACCGAACUACCCGCUGGCCGAAAAAAAACCUCUCUACUUCCCUCUCUCCCACCCCAACUCCACCGUCCUUAACGCGCUGACUCCGUCGUGCGGGCGGCGUGGGAACAUGGAGUCCGAUUAACCCUGCUCCCGAGACGCAUUUAUAUCCUGUCGACAACUAGACUGAUCAUUACCCAUGUAAGUGUACCGGCCUGAUGCUGAAUUACCGAAAACAUAUGUUCGCCAACUAACUCUUCAAUCGUAAUAUGGGAAUCUUCGCAGAACCGAAAGAAAACUCUCGCUGGUCAGAUGCGUACACUCAAGUUUGGAUGAUCGCGCAAGUGGCUCGUAUUUGUAAACUGGAAAACUUCAGGCUUAGACGAAAGGUUUUCUCCCCAGAUGAUAAGAGGCUAGAUCGCAGUUGGUAGCCAGGCCCCGUAUUACAGGUGGCUGGGGGAUUUGUUUACUGAGGCUAUUUUGUGGGGUUCCAUAAUCACAUCUGACCCAUUUGGCUUCCGUUUUACGCUUGAGGUUAGGAUUGGGGUACCGGCUAAUGGGUUUCGUUUUUCGCGUUAGGGUUAUGCGUUUAAGGUUAGGGUUUGAGCGUACGAAUACGUUUCAGUAUUACGGUUAGGUUUUCCAGUUACGGCUAUGUCUAAGGGCUACGGUUACGUUUACGAUUUCAGUUAGAGUUAGGGCUAGGGUUGCCGUUAGGAUUAACGGUUGACGUUUAAGGUUGAGGUUAGGGUUAGGGUUAAGGUGGCCGUCCGCUUCCCCAUUCCUGGCUACCAACUGCGAUCUGGUCCGAUCCCGUUCUGCCCGUCCGCCAGCUUGCUACUGACGACAACGAAAGUUGCGUCUCGUCUUUUACACUCUUAGUGAGCUACUUAUGUAUUAUAUGUGGUAUGUGUCCUAUGACACAGCGUUCGUUGUCGCCAGUAGCAAGCUGGCGGGCGGACAGAAUGGGAUCGACUGAGACCCUAACCACAACAGUGAGAGUCACACGCCUACUUGACAUGCUUACAGUAGGUGAGCUAACCCAUAAAAUGUCCACCGAAAUUCCGAAAUGCGUUUUCGUUCCAAAAAGGCUACUUAAAUAGGGUUGUAAAACUUAUUAUCUUGUAGCAUAAUUCUACAAUAAUCCUGUUAGCUCAGUAUGUCGGCUUUCGAACCAAUUUCUUUCCGACCGCAUGAAAAAACCACACUUUGCAAAAAAUGACUACUUUAGUAGCAUGCAUUUUUCUCACCGAUUUUCAGUGCCCUUAAAAAUGCAAUUAUAUUUCGUGGUAAUCAUGCACAAAAAUAUUGAUUCUUCUACUUAUUCGGUAGAAACUGUCGUCUUCCAAUUUGUUACGCGAAAAUAGGGUAUAAUUCGGUCUUAAAAAGUUUAUAAUUGUGAGAUUUUUUAAUACCGUGAAAUGACCGUUCAUAAAACAUCGUGUCUCUGCAUUUCCUAAUGCAGCUUGUGAAUUUUACAAUUUGACUCAAAUCCACUACUAAAUUUUAUGAACGCCAUAUGAUCUCCUCUUAAUACCGUAGAGAAAUGUACGGUUUUCCGUGCGAGGAAAAUAUACGGCCUGUAGUUUGGAAACCCUUAAAGCAAGUGUAAAGACAGGUGGGGUUCAACAUUAUUCGGGAAUUGGAAAACUUUUUUAAAACCGAGUUAUACCCUUUCUUCGAGUAUAAAAUUGAAAGAAGACGUCAUUUUCUACCGGGUGAAUAAAAUAAUUAAUAUUUUUAUGCAUGAUUACCAUGAAAUAUAGUUGCAUUUUUGAGGGCAGUGGAAAUCAAUGAUCGAAUGCAUGCUACUUAAGUAGUCAUUUUUUUACAAAGUGUGGUUUUUGCAUGCGGUCGGAAAGAAAUUGGUUCGAAAGCCGGCAUCCUGAGCUAACUGGAUUAUUGUAGAAUUAUGCUACAAGAUAAUAAGUUUUACAACCCCACUUAAGUUGCCUUUUCCGAACGAAAACGCAUUUCGGAAUUUCGGUUGACAUUUCAUGAGUUAGCCCACCUACUGUACAUUCCGCACUUCAUAAGGCCUAUGACGUCCUGAUGAUCGGUAACGAUCGUGAAACAGCUGUCUGCGUCUGGUGAGCUGCUUAUGCAUUAUAUUGUUAUCAAAAACUACCUCUAAACAAUAUAUCCGGCCUCUGCGUGUGCAUGCGGACAUCUAGUGACUGCUUAGGAAAAUCAGUUUUCGCAGUCGGCCUACUGCAUGAGAAUCGGGGGAUUUUGUACAUUUCUGUAGGCUGGGCGGGUAACCUAGCCCGUAUGAUCACUCCAACCAACCCUGACGGCAUAGUCGCAAUGGUUGUGUAUCCAUCGCUGGGCUCUCUCAUCCUUCCAAAUAAUGCUCAUUAAAACCGCGUUGGUCCAGAAUUUGGCUAGAAGCAGCGGCGACAAAGACACGACAGUGUGGAAUGCUCAUUUCUGGUUUCUUUGUUGCCCUUAGCACAAAUUUGAACCCGACGUAGGUCUCUUUAGAUACCGUCUGAGGAGGCGCUCUACUGAGUUGUCUGCAGUUCUGGUGUCUGGCCCUAGCAAUGUCAAACAAAAGCACAUGCCUCGCGGCUGGCGCACCCCGGCAAUUAUUCGUCGUUGCAUUGAGCACUUUCAGCAUGUUCAGAGAGUCGGACGCGUCAAGCGCCUCAUGUCAGCUUCAUGGCCUGUAUAAUCGGCCCCACCAGAGGGCCUUGGCCGGACAGUCAUAUAGCGUUCGUCUGUGAGGCUUUCUUGAGUCCAACAACUAAAUCAUAGAGGACCGGUUUGGCACGUGUAGCUGGGCAAUGCUUACUCGUGUAUUCUGCCUUUUAUCUCUGUCAGCCACUUGUACUUGAUACGGCUGAGAUCAUGCCUGAUCUGGCCAGCCUCGCUGAUGUCCGAACUGUACCUCUCGACGCGUGACGAUCCGCGGCAGCAGAUCUGGACAGCUCAACCCAUUCCCUUCGCCAACGACGUAGACCGAAUACCGAAGGUCCAAGAACCACCUCCAUUUCUUGACGAACUGUGUCGAGCCAGGUUUUGAACUGGCCCCCUCUUCGACGCCUCCAAUGGGGCAACGAUGCCGGGUCGAGGGCAGUAACACUGGGCUCCUGAGGUGGACGACGAAGAACAUGCCCGAACCACCUCAGUCGUAUUUCUUGGAUGGCCUGAGUUAUCCUUGCGAUGUUGUCGCAGCGAGCGCGGAAUAUCUCAUUUGAGACGAAAUCGGUUAACUUCACUCGAAGGAUGAUCCUCAAGCAGUGGUGGUCAAAUACCUCCAGUUUUCGCUCAUCCGCCACGCACAAAGCCCAGCAUUCGCAACCGUAGAGAAGGACAGACCGAACAGAUGCACGGUACACGCGAAUCUUAGUGGCGAUGGAGAGGUUACAUCGAUUCCAUAGGCAUUCCCGAAGGCUUGAAAAAACCCAGCGGGCAGCAUCGAUUCGGGAGACAAUGUCGUUCUUACUCUGUCCAUUAGGCAGCAGCCGCGCCCCGGGGUAUUCAAAACUGCCCACUUCUUCAAGUUGACAGCCAUCAAUCCCCAGGGGUGCCUUCUCCUGGUCAGGGAUGCAGCUUGAGAAUACUUUGGUCUUCCCAGCCUUUAUGGACAAACCGACUGAUUUAACGACCUCGUUCACUCGUGACACCAUAGACUGCAGAUCACCAAAACUUGAAGCAAGUAAGGCGAUAUCAUCGGCAUAGUCGAGAUCAGUCAGUCGAUAUCCGGGUGCAAAUUCAACACCGUCACUGUCGCGUAGGGCCCUCCCGAGGAUCCAGUCAAUAGCGUAGUUGAACAGGAUGAGUGACAGGAUACAACCCUGUCGGACGCCAGACCGAAUACCGAGCGGUUGGGAAAGAUUGCUGCGGACCAGGACUCUCGUAGUAGUGGAGCGAUAAUAGGCCUUGAUCAUGGCGAUGAUUUUUGCCGGUUCACAAUCUAGCGCCAUUAUCCGCCACGGGUAUUCACGGUGAACGAAAUCGAACGCGGAGGCAAAGUCAAUGAAGCAGACGGCCGUCGGUUGUUGGUAGCUAUGGCGAAAUUCGAGAAUGCGCCUCAGUGUAAAUAUCUGGUCUGCGCAUCCACGUCCAGCACGAAAUCCGGCUUUGUUGGGCCUCGUCCUUGAGUCACGCACAGCCUGGAAUCGCCUGAGUAGGACAAUAGCGAAGAUCUUCGCAGCAACAUCAAUGAGACUUAUGCCGCAGUGGUCCUCGCAUCUCGUCUUAUCUCCCUGCUUGAGGAUAGGUACAAGGAUGCCUAAGUCCCAGUCAUCAGGAACAAACUCGUCUCUCCACGCUCGUUUAAUAACCUCAUGGAGCCAGGGCGCCAGAGUGUCGACGCAAGACUUGAAGAUUUCAGCGGGUAUACCGUCCUCUCCGAGUGCCUUAUUGUUGCGCAACUAGGCCCAAUCUCAGCAUCGUUUGGUUGACCGGCUCGGAGAGAGAGAGCGCGCGCGCCAGGUAGGUGUUGGGCAAUCUGUCUCCAUGACACGUCAGCAUAUUCCCGAUUUUGUUAAGUCUGACGCGCUCGAAACUAUCACAACGUGCCAAACGCCGUGCCUUGGAAGGCUGCCAGCUUAUGGGAUAACUCGGUCCUCCUCUCAGGACGAAGAGUCAGGUUGUAUUGGCUCCUUCUUGGCGUGCGCUGUAUGGCACUCCCACCUACUCGGGAUUCGAGCCGCCCUUUGUUGUUUUAGUGAAACCACGGUCCUUCAUGUGCAGAUCGGGCAUGUGUAUGGCACGUGCAGACGGGCUGGUUAACUUUGUCAGCCACUGCGCCUGACUCCGUCUCCGGUCGUCUUAAGUCUGUCAUGCCACCAGGCCCAGGUGAACAAGGCAGGAGAGUAUGUAGUGUCCAGGCGGUGAGAAUAUGUGCAGGUUGAGCGCUACCAUCGCCCGGUCAGAUCCCAAGUUGUAGGGAGAAGACGGAAGACACCAGAAUGAGGGGGUUAUCGUGCAGAGAACCCGGAGUUUUCCUCUCAGGCGGCGGUGGCCACUGACGAAACCAGAGCUGGUGUUGACUGCAUUCGGUCAUGCCUGAGAGUCACUGAGACAGUGAUGGCAGCCGCUUUUGUAGGCUCGUGGGCCAAGCUCAAGUGGUGUCCAGUCUGUGUGUGUUGCAUUUGCCGAGGGGUGGUGUCCCAGUGGCUUGGUUUGCUGGUUGCAGGGGGUGGGGUACGUUCAAGUGGCCGCAUGCGCAGCUGCGGCUGCGCGGACGCUGGUAUGCCCGAGCUGUCGGUCGUUUGACUUCAGGUCAGCGCGUCUGGAACGGCCCACUGCAAAAGGGUGAAUGACCUUGAGACAGCGAGGUCUUGACCAAUGACACCAGACCGGCCAUGAUGUCUGCACGCCACAAGCAUGUGCUGUUGGUAAUUACGAGCCAAUCCUGCACAGGUUGACUUUAAAAACCCCUUCAAUGCCCGAAUAAGUUUAAACCUGACCGGAAAUUGGAAAGGAUAUUGCCCUUCAUCUAAGGGGCGCAAGUUAUUGGCGUUUGUUUUUGACAGUCGAGGCUCUCCAGACUACAGUAAAAAAAGGUGAGGGUGAGAAGGACGGCUCCAGCACCGGGAAUACUAGUUUACUGUGUUGAGCCUUGAAUUGUCCAUUUAGUCCGUAGGCAUCAUUAGUCAGAAAGUGAUAAAACUGUUAUGAUGAGGGAAAUUAAGUGGCCAUUUCUGCAUCCUCUACUGUUGCUGGGGCUGCUUUUUUCUUUAGUUUGGCUGAGUAGCGCUUGGUAGGAGGGAUGGCGUUCCCUGCCUGAUUUCUACAUCUCCGUCAUCUUGCACAGUGUCUUGCUGCCGACUGUUCUGUCUGUGAACUUGACGGUAAAAUCGGAGGUAUCGAUUUUGUUGUGGGUUGUGAGUGUCUAGGCGAGCUACGUGGUCUCCUUACAAAAUGACUAUUUAGUGUCCUUGUAACAACCUUACCACCGGUUUCCGGCCCAUUUUACCCAUACAACUGCAGGACCAGUUUGUGCAAGGAAUGCGGCAGACAACAUCCGACUGCUCAUCCAGAUUCGGUCGGUCGUCGGAACACAGCAGGUCGUUGUGCAACAUCAACUGUUCUGUAGGACACAUUGGCUGACGUCACAGAGAAAUGAACCUGCAUCCUCUGACGUUAAGGGCCGCGCGAACAAGCCGCUGCCUAUCUGAUUUUUUGUCCCCAAAACGGGCCACGCCGUAGAUGCGCCGGACCAACACAGGCGGCUAGACCGGAGUCAGGCAGGCGUUAUCGGGAAGGCGCGCCCAUGACAAAUGCCAACAUUCGGGCGCAUGGCGGCAGGCCCAGUUGCAAGCUUAUGUCGGGCCAAUUUGGAUCCACGCCGCCUCCCUCCCCCCAUUUUCUUGAUAUGCAAAAUCUUGGUCAGUGUCCGUUGUAAACCAUGGGCUGUGGUGGCACGUCCGGGUGCGGUUUUCGCCGUGCCAGCCACCUUCUUGACUGUCACGACACCAGGCCCGGGUGGGGGAGGAGGAGAGAGUGCGGUAGAUGCAGCGCAAGGCUACUACGACUAUAGAAGGAAUCAUGUGCAAGUCAUCGUCCCUGGUCUCACCGUGCUGUGGGGCACACAGUGAAACAUCGAUCACGACAGUCGAACUGCGGGAUUUUUCGUCGAUCAGAAUGUGCAAACUGCUACUGUUAUCUGCAUUCCCUCUUAAAUCUUUUUUUGUAGCUGAAGCAUGAACCAACUGGACUAAUUGGUCUUCCUGGUGGGGAGAUCGCCUCAGGGGAAACAAUCUCCGACGGCUUGACUCGUCUGCUUUCUGCUGAACUCAACGUCAAGCAAGCUAAAUUGCCUGCACGCCAGCAUCUAGGCAGCUAUAUGAACGCCCAAGAGGACAAGUGUGUCCAUCUUUUUGCCUCAAAGGUAUGUCACGUUUGCACCUCAUAUGCACCUCAUUUAUUCACCACAGCAUAAACGGUACGAGGGUUGCAUUUCAUACCACAAGAGAGACAGAGAGAGUGACAAAUUCUCAUGACGCAUCCUGAACGCUGCGCCCAGCUUUGUGAACCAGUGAAGUGCUUCCGGUUGGAUAGCUAGGAAAAUCGGUUAAACUGUGGCUCGCUGACCAGUGGUCAUGUGAGACGACUUUCUGAAGGAAUGGUUUCCUGAAGCGCAGUAAAUGGGUUCACUUAUGAAAUGUGCCCAAAAUUAGGAAACAUCUCUUAUCUGAGAAAGAUGAAGUGCUUACUGGAUCCAGGGAAUUGUAUUGCUGACGUUUUGAAGAGCUUGGCCGGUUCUCCAUUAUCAAAGCGUUGGGUGAGAAAAUCGAGCGGAAUUUUGAAUAAACGGCCGAAUCUGUUGGCCUUGGUCUGAUCGAUUUUUUCUUCUUUCGCCGCCUUGGCCCUCUACUCUCUCGAAUACCGACCAAAACUCCCAAUUUAUAAUAAACUAGCCGGGCCCGGCCACGCGUUGCUAUGGCACAGGUGAAUUCAAAAUCUCUGUUGGAUAAUUCGAUGUGGAUGGGACAUGUUGCAGACAACACUAAUGCAUACAUCCCGGUAUCGGUAGCUUUCAAAUAAAUUGAUAGCCUGGCAUGCACAACGGAAAGUGACAUGCUUAACGCCGCUGACAGAUUUCAAUUGCUAGAAAGACGUUGAACCGGACACAUUCACCACCACCGUGCGGAGUAAGAAGCAUUCGUACCGAUUUGGAUGCACGAUGUGCACUCUGCCUAUCGCAGUUCCGUUGAAGAUGCCAAGGUGUCCGUCGACUCGCUCUCAUUUGCGUCGUACAAAUGAUAUUCUACACGCAUUCCCUGUGUAAUACGUAGUUACUUCCGAAUAUGGCAGGGUUUUCACAAACGCGUCAGUGUGGCUGAACGGGAAGAACGCAGUUAAUGUGUGUUACCGGUGGCCUGUUGCACAUUUGCAUCGGUAUAGUAAACGCAUUGCCCAUUCACUAAGUGCACUGCAAGUAAACAACACCUGGACUUGCUCAUGGAUGGGAAAAGAAAGAAUCCGCCACACAGAUCUGUUACUGUUACAAGCGAACAACACCUGGACUUCGCUCAUGAAUGGGGAAUGAAAGAAUUCGCCACAUUGAAUUUCUUGCCGUUGACGCAUCUUCCAGCCCAAUACUGUGCGAUUUCAUCGAGUUGUAUGCCCGUAUCCCUUUCCCUCCUCUCGUGUUGCAGGUCAAAUCAGCCAUGUCGCUGCCGUUGCUCACGUACUUACAAAUGUACCAAAUUCAUUUCUCGGAAUUGCAGUUUUACACGUUCAUGUGAACUUAACUUGCUUUUAAAAGCAAAGUCGAAUACGAAACAACCCAGCGGUUACUGACUGGUACGUCACCGGUUCGCAUUCGUACGGUUGUCAAUUGCCGGCGUCUUCCGCUGAUCGUUUUCGGUAUAAGGGGACUUCCGUCGUUACCGGUAACUGUGGUGCAUACGAAUGCCCGAGGAUAUCUCUUAGAGCGUUUUCCGUCUGUCAUACCAGGUGGUGAGCGGUGAGGGGGGGUGAGGACUGGGACUUGGGGCACCGCAAAGUCCAUUUAUAAUAUUCUUCGCCGCAACUUCGGGCAAAUCAUUGUCGACGUCGGCGUCAGGUAAUUCAGCGCAUAUUGCAUCGGCGAUUUCGUUGAUGGUGAUCUUGUUACAGAGCCAGAUCUAGGCGUGUUCGUGGGACAGUUCCCUCUUUUGCCAUUCCCCCAAUACAUCAAGCAGCGCACAGACACUAAAACCUCGUGUUUCACCAUGAAAAUCAUCAGCGAUUUCAGUUUCUUCUUGAGAACACGUGCUGUGAUGUCAUACCUAUUCACCGGCAAUGGCCUAGGAAGUAAGAGCCGAUAAAUAUCCCACCAAGCUGGAAUGCAUGUGAAUGUAAUGAGUAGGUCUGGACACCCCACACUGACAAACAUAAACUAUUGCACUUCGAUCGUACCCGAGCAUGUGGAGUGGACUGUCUGCGUAUGUGGAUGAAGAAAUCAUUUGUCCUACAACGUCAGGUGUAUUACCGUCGUUUACAACUGCAUCAUGCAAAGGAAUAUAUUCUUCAGAGCGCAGCUUGGUUUGAUUCAAACGAAUGAAAAACAGGCGUUCAGUUUCGAUUUUUGCAUACAUAUCCACAAUGUAGUGAUGAAGCAAUUGACGGCAUUUCAAAAGAGGAUUAUUUACAUUCUGCCGAAUCAUAAGUCAGUAGGAGUAGUGGUUCAUUGCGGUGCAUUUCAUGUGCGUUACCUCUUCACUGACUGCAUUUAUCAUCUUAACGUGUAAGUUAUAUCCACCGGCAAAUCCCGAAAAGUAAAUGGAUACUGUGUUGAAAUUGGUCUCCUGCAGCCGGUAUAUAUGAUAUCACCUUACCCUAAAAUCAUUAGUCUUCCAACGGUGGUUUUCGUACCGUCGUUCACAACAGCAUCACGCAGCGUGAAUGCUGAGCACGGAGGCGUGUUUAAUGCUGGUCUGCUGUUCUUCGCUGGCGUCUUUCAGCCACUCUCAGUUGAUAGUGUUCAUUCUGUUGUUGAACGAUACAGACCUGAAGCUGAAAAACGCGGUAUCCGUGACUGCAAGCGGGCCUCCGCACGACACUGACCUGAUACUGGGUGACAGUCCCCUUAUGUGGGUUGUGCAUGGGGAGAGGGGAAGGGGCUUUGUUAACCGCAUCCAGUCCUCACCCCUCGAGAAUCCCAUCUGAAGCGGUCACAGCCCCAUUAUGUGGUUAGUGUGGGACAAGUUCAAGUGGUGCCCAAGAGUUGCAUGAUUUUUUGCUUCAGGCUGGGUGGUUUGCCUAGCUGCCCAUAUUGCAUCGGCCCAGAGAGGGUGGAGGGCCUGCUCAAGUGCCUGCAGGGUGGGUGGUGGGGUGAGCGCGGCUGUCGGGCGGAGCCCGUGCGUUUGAGCGAAUGUCGGUCAAGUGGCCACAGCCGGACCCCGCCACGCGUUGCUGUGGCUCAAUCUGAUGAAUUGGGAAAUAAGGGAAGGAGGAAGGGGCACGUUCCCAAUUAAGAAAAAUGUAAGGGCCACCGGUUGACUGUACGUAUUAUGUGUGAAACGCAGGAUCGCCCUUCUAGCCGCUGUCGAAGGCAGGGCAAUUGUUUGCUGCACCCAGUCGCGCUCGAGAAUUCCGGAGUAAGUGAUGACGGCUGGCAUUUAUUUCGUCCACCGGUGUCGAUCGAGGCAGUGUUGGCCUAAAGUCUCCUGCAAGCAGUAGCAGUGCAUCGGAAAUGGUCUGCUGUUUCCUCGCAAAUCCUGCAGUGUUCGAUCAGGGGCCUCGAGGGCUUUUUUGCGCCAUUGUGCAUUCAUCCUAAACAAUAAGUUUGUAUUUCUGCAGUACUUUUCCCAUGCUGGAUGCUUUGGAAAUGUUACACGCGGGACAUUCAAUGCAUUGCGCGUUCAAAGGCAAUUUCGAAGCUGAAUGAAGGGGUUUUCCGCCAGAUAGCAGAGUUGCCGCUAUUCCGGGGAUGCAAGUGCUAGGGCUAUGUCAUUUAUUGGAUCGAAUUGCCGUCAGAAUCGGUCGUAGUAGGAACGUUUUGCCAGUCCCUUCUGGCUCAUCUAGGAAUAAGAUUCCUCCAACCCCGUUCUUGACAUUCCGCAGUAUUUGAUCGUAAAUGUCAUUCUGCUCUAGUCGUUGCUUGUGAAUGUUUGAUUCCUAGCAUGGCAGAGGUUGAACCCUGUUUCGUUUUGCUCAUGGCGCCAAUCCACAUCCAACGAAGCAACAGCAGAUUGGUUUUGCGGUGACAUUCCCAGUUGACUAAGAACUUUGAUCGCGAUUUCUGCGUACAUAUCCUCAAUCAAUAUUAACGCCUCGCUGUAGAUUCCUGCUGUGCAAGCCACAUUUGAAUUUUCCUUGCAUAGUUUACGAAAGGUAUCUUCAGCCAUGGGCAAAUUCUAUUUCACCGGUAAAUCUGUAGGAGAUGAGAAGAGAAUGCGGUCAAUAUGACUGCAAAAAAUGCAUGAAUUUGAUGUGGAUGGUCGUGUUUCAGGCGUCAUUAAUACAUUCGUCCCACUGUUGAUCGUUCUCCGGUAACUGAAGAGCCUAACACGCACUGCUGAAAGUGGCAUGCGUAGCGCCGUUGACAGAUUUCAAUUGCUGGAAAGACGUUGGACGUGGCACAUUCAUCAACAGCAUGCGAAGUAAGAUUGAGAUGCACUGUAUGCAGUCUGCCUACCGCAGUUCCUUUGAGUGUGCCGGGGUGUUCGUCCACUCGCUCUCCUCGUUUGCGUUGUUCGGAUGAUUUUCUACACACAUUCCUGUGUAAUGCGUGGGCACUACCGAAUGCGGCAGUGUUUUCGCAUAAGCGUCACUUUGGCCUAACGUGGAGAACGCAGUUAACGUUGUUGCCAGUGGACCCAAGGCAACCUGUUGCGCGUUUGCAUCGGUAAAGUAAACGCAUUGCCCAUUUUCUAACUGUACUACAAGCGAACAACACCUGGACUUCGCUCAUGAAUGGGGAAUGAAAGAAUUCGCCACAUUGAAUUUCUUGCCGUUGACGCAUCUUCCAGCCCAAUACUGUGCAAUUUCAUUGUGUUGUAUGUCCGCAUCCCUUUAUCUCCUUUCGUGUUGCAGGCCGAAAACGGCCAUGUCGCUGCCUUUAUUCACGUACUUAUAAAUGUUCCUAAUUCAUUUCCCAAAACUGCAGUGUUCCACGUUUAUGUGAGCUGCGUUUGCUUUUGGAAGCAAAGGCGAAUACGAAACAACCCAGUGGUUACCGACUUCUAUGUCACCGAUUCGCAUUCUUACGGUAUAAGGGACUUCCGUCUAUCAUGCCGCGGGAGGGGGGGGGGGGGUUGCAGAAUUGGAAUUCAGUGCAUCCAAGGUCCACGUAUCAUAUUCUUCGCCACAACUUCAUGCAAAUCAUUGUCGACGUCGAUAUCAGGUAAUUCGGCGCAUACUGCGUCGUCGAUUUCGUUGGAGGCGAUAUUGUUAUAGAGCCAGAUCAGGACAUGUGCAUGGGGCAGUCCCCUCUUUUGCCGUUCCACAUAAUACAUCCAACAGCGCACAGAUCCAACCACCUCGUGUUUCACCAUGAAGUUCAUCAGCGAUUGCAGUGUCUUCCUGAAAACACGUGCUGUGAUGUCAUACCUAUUUACCGUCGAUAGCCCAGGAGGUAAGAGCUGAUAAACAUCCCCAAAGCUGGAUUGCAUGUGAAUGUAAUGAGUAGAUCUGGACGUCCGUACUGGCCAACGUAAGGAAUUGCACCUCGAGCGUGCUCGAACAUAUGGCGUGGACUCUCUGUGUAUGUGGACGACAAAAGCGUUAGUCUUACAACGUUAGUUGUAUUACCGUCGUUUACAACUGCAUCAUGCAAAGGAAUGUAUCCUUCAGAGCGCAGCUUGAUCUGAUUCAAACGAAUGAAAAACAGGCGUUCAGUUUCGAUUUUUGCGUACAUAUCCACAAUGCAGUGAUGAAGCAAUUUACGGCAUUUCAAAAGGGGGAUUACUUACAUUCUGUCGAAUCAUAAUUCGGUAGGAGUAGUGGUUCAUUGCGCUGCAUUUCAUGUGCGUUACCUCUUCACUGACUGGAUUUAUCAUCUUAACGUUGAAGUGAUAUCCAUCGGCACCAUCCCGAAAAGUAAGUGGAUACGCCGUUGAAAUCGGUCUCCGCCUGCCGGUAUAUAUGGUUUCACCUUGCCCUAAAAUCGUUAGUCUUCUAACGGUUUUUGGCGUACAGUCGUUCACAACAGCAUCAUGCAACGUGAAUGCUGAGCACGGAGACGUGUUGGACGCUGGUCCGCUGUUCCUCGGCCACUCUCAGCUGGUAUUGCUCAUUCUGUUGCGAACUAAGCAGGCCUGAAGCUGCAGAACGCGGUCGCCGUGACCGCAAUCGGGCUUCCGCAAGCCGAGCUGCACUACACUGGGCUGAGACUGGGUGACUGCCCUAUUAUAUAGGUUGUGCGGGGGGGGUGGGGCUGAUGUUAACUGCAUCCAGUGCAGUCGGGUGGAGCACGUGCGUUUGAGCGAAUGUCGGUCAAGUGGCCACAAUCUGGGCGCACAUGUGUCUGCGCGCGAUAUAGGUCAAGUGGCCGCAGCAGGUGGUGUUGUUUGGACGGAAAUAAUCCGGUUUUUUACCCAUCAUAGGCGUACCAUCGGCAUAAUUACACAAUUGAACAGCCAAAAACCCGGCCCUAUGCGCGGGUCGGGUUGUGUCCAAAUUUCAGCGCAAUCGGUGCAGUACUUUCGGAGAUUAGAUAUAACACAGAAAAAGAAGCCUUCCAUUUUUAGAUAUAUAGAUGAUCUUAAGUGAAACAAAUCAAUUGCUAGAAAAAAUAUAACCUUCCUCAGAAAUAACAGUUUUCUUACGAAAAACGGAAAUAUCGAAAGCUCAGAAAAUCGUGUCAUAUGAGUGAAUUAAGGUUUUGGAAUUACGUGAAGCCAGCCCAUGCAAAUAACUGAGUAAAUAAAACGAAAAAACGAACAAAACAUGAAAUAGUCCCUUAUUGCAGUUUACUUUUAACCCACCUCCAUAAAUGGGCGUAAGACGGUGUAUGACGGUUAGCCAAGUGCUUGUUGUACGAUUAUAGACUCCAAAACAGUUCCAUGUGAAUUUCCUGUAAUUUUCCCCUUUGUAUUAUUUGAGAUGUAGUUGAUUCAUAUAUAGAGGACACCGCUUGAGUUCGAUGAUAAAAACGUCACAAAAAUCAAAGUUUUCACAAAGUCACAUAUCGAGAGGGCGGUCGGUGACUAAGAAAUCUGCAUAAAAUUAGCAGAUUCAAUCACAAGCAUGCCACGUUGAGUGUGAAGAGGACACUUCUUCUGCAGGAGCAGUGUGUGGUUUUUGGUGGCGGUGGGAUCCGUAGAGUUUCAAAGUGUCCUUGGACUAUCAGUGAAUAUUUUGUUGCCUACAGUCAUCUUAAUUGACUGCUCUGAAAAACGGGUUCUGCAAUAUGUUACGGAAAUGCGAAAAUUCCCGUGCAAGGAUUCAGAAGGUUAAUUAGUGAGCAUACGUACACUUUCGACAAAUCCUCAUUGGGCCAGUACAUUUAUAUGUGAAAGGAUCGGGUAAAAGAGGUCAGUGUUUAGAGAAAUCGAUUAAUGUUCGUCUUCACACGCAAGCAGGGUGUGAGAAUAGAGGGAGAGGGAUAAUAAGAAGUAGUAAAGUUUAUGGAGAGUCAGUAAAGGGGGAGAGAGCGGGAGGCCGUGAAUAAUUGCAUGCAGUUAAUCUCUAAUUGUUUAAUGGUAGAAACUGAUAUGAGAAUUUUCGGACGACUUAAACGCUGGACAUUUUGCUCGCUCGUUUAGCCCUUUCAAGUAAAUGCGCUUUUCUCGUGCUGCAAAUGUGUCCACGCAAUUUUAUCAAACAAAAUGUUCAUAAAUGUCAGCGAACAUGUACGUUGCCAUAUAUUCGGGCAAUUUUCUAUGCCAGCACCUGUACUAGACUUCGGUUACACAUCUGAGCGUGUUUUUCUUUAAGAGGAGAGUAACUUACCCUCGCACAUAAAAGUUGAUUUUUUGUCUGGUGCCAACCGUGGAAACCAGUUCGCUAACACACAAGUUAUUUUUAGAGAACGUUCGGGUGAGCGUUCACACGUGACUCAACCGACCACACAUUCGCUACUUCGAUAAAUGCCCUCAAGAAGUAUCUUCUUUGAAGGUUUUAAUAAACACAUAAUACAGAAACUGCCUUUAUGGACAAUCGAUUGAAAACACCGCAAAUCAUGAAGUAGUCCGCGGCAUUUUAAUGCCGAUAUGUAACUCAGCGUGAUCUAAAACAUAAGUGUAAGCUAAUUUUGCAGAGGAAAAGUCCUCUUUAUAUACAUAAAAUUGUAUGUUGACGAUUACGUCUGUCGACUGGCCUGGAAACGUGUGCCCUUAUGAAAACCAUUAUCCCUAUGACGUUCUUAUCGGCAAAAUCAAGCAAAAUCCUGUCUUGCAAGUUCAAAUAUAUUUCGUAAAGAGCAACCGGUUUCGAUCGAGGCAUUGGUGGUUUGAAGUCUCCUGCAGGCAGUAGCAGUGCAUCGGAAGUGGUCUGCUGUUUCCUCGCAAAUCCUGCAGUGUUCGAUCAGGGGCCUCGAGCGCUUUUUUGUGAGCCAUUGCGCAUUCAUCCCAAACAAUAGGUUUGCAUUUCUGCAGUACUUUUCCCAUGCAGGAUGCUUUGGAAAUGUUGCACUUGGAAGUUUACAGGAAUUGCAUGUUCACUGCAAUUUCGAAGCUGAAUGAACGGGCUUUCUGCCAGGUAGCAGAUUUGCAGCUAUUCCGGGGAUGCAUGUGCUAGGGCUAUGUCAUUUAUUGGAUCGAAUUGCCGUCAGAAUCGGUCGUAGUAGGAACGUUUUGCCAGCCCAUCCUGGCGCAUCUAGGAAGGAGAUUCCUCCAACCCCGUUACUGACAUUCCGCAGUAUUUGAUCGUAAAUGUCAUUCUGCUCUAGUCGUUGCUUGUGAAUGUUUGAUUGCAAGCAUGGCAGAAGUUGAACCGUGUUUCAUUUUGCUCAUGGCCCCAAUCCACAUCAAACGAAGCAGCAACGGAUUGGUUUUGCGGUGACAUUCCCAGUUGAUUAAGAACUUUGUCCGCGAUUUCUGCGUACAUCUCCUCAAUCAGUGGUAACGCCUCGCUGUAUAUUCCUGUUGUGCAAGCCACAUUUGAAUUUUCCUUGCAUAGUUGACGGAAGGUAUCUUCAGCCAUGUGCAAAUUCUAUUUAUCGCGUAGAACUGUUGGAGAUGAAGGAGAGAAUACGGUUAAUAUGACUGCAAACAAUGCAUGAAGUUGAUGUGGAUGGGACGUGUUGCAGGCGUCAUUAAUACACACGUCCUACUGUUGAUCGUUAUCCAGUAACCGAAGAGCCUGACACGCACUGCCGAAAGUGGCAUGCGUAGCUCCAUUGACAGAUUUCAACUGCUGGAAAGACGUUGGACGUGGCACAUUCACCAACACCAUUCGAAGUAAGAUUGGGACGCACGGUAUGCAGUCUGCUUAUCGCAGUUCCUUUGAGUAUGCCUGGGUGUCCGUCCACUCGCUCUCCUCGUUUGCGCUGUUCAGAUGAUUUUCUACACACAUUCCCUGUGUAAUACGUAGGCACUUUCGAAUUCGGCAUUUUUUUAGCAAACGCGUCACUUUGGCUUAACGUGGAGGUCGCAGUUAAUGUUGUUGCCGGUGGACCCAAGGCAACCCCCUUGCAUAUUUGCAGCUGUAAAGUAAACGCAUUGCCCAUUAUUUAACUGUAAGGCAAGCGAACAACACCUGGACUUUGCUCAUGGAUGGGGAAUGAAAGAAUUCACCACACGGCUUUGUUGCUGUUGACGCAUAUUCCAGCCCAAUACUGUGCGAUUUCAUCGAGUUGUAUGUCCGCAUCCCUUUAUCUCCUUUCGUGUUGCAGGCCGAAAACGGCCAUGCCGCUGCCUUUAUUCACGUACUUAUAAGUGUACCUAAUUCAUUUCCCAAAAUUACGGUGUUCCACGUUUAUGUGAGCUGCGUUUGCUUUUAAAAGCAAAGGCGAAUAUGAAACAACCCAGCGAUUACCGACUUCUAUGUCACCGAUUCGCAUUCGUAUGGUUGCCAAUUUGCCGAUGUCUUCCGCUAAUCAUUUUCGGUAUAAAGGACUUCCGUCUGUCAUGUCGGGAGAGGGGGGGUUGGAGAAUUGGGAUUCAGUGCAUCCAAGGUCCAUGUAUCAUAUUAGGUCAGUAGGUCAGUAUAUUUUAAGAGUAAUAGGCAAUGCCUUUGAAAGCCCACAACUUCAUUCAAAUCAUUGUCGACGUCGAUAUCAGGUAAUUCGGCGCAUACUGCGUAGUCGAUUUCGCUGGAAACGAUCUUGUUAUAGAGCCAGAUCAGGAUAUGUGCAUGGAGCAGUCCCCUCUUUUGCCGUUCCACCUAAUACAUCCAACAGCGCACAGACCCAACCACCUCGUGUUUCACCAUGAAGUUCAUCAGCGAUUGCAGUUUCUUCCUGAAAACAUGUGCUGUGGUGUCAUACCUAUUUACGGUCGAUAGCCCAGGAGGUGAGAGCUGAUAAACAUCCCCCAAGCUGAAUUGAGUGUGAAUGUAAGGAGUAGGUCUGAUCGUCCGUACUGACAAACGUAAGCAAUUGCACCUCGUGCGUACUCGAACAUAUGGCGUGGACUCUCUGUGUAGGUGGACGACAAAAGCGUUAGUCUUACAACGUUAUCUGUAUUACCUUCGUUUACAACUGCAUCAUGCAAAGAAAUAUAGUCUUCAGAGCGCUGCUUAUUCUGGUUCAAGCGACACUGAAGCAGGCGUUCAAUUUCAAAUUUUGCAUACAUAUCCACACUGUAAUGAUUAAGCGAUUGACGGCAUUUCAAAAGGGGGAUUACUUACAUUCUGUCGAAUCAUAAGUCGGAAGGAGUUGUAGUUCAUUGCGCUGCAUUUCAUGUGCGUUACCUCGUCACUGACUGGCGUUAUCAUCUUAACGUUGAAGUGAUAUCCAUCGGCACCAUCCCGAUAAGUAAAUGGAUGUUGCGCUGGAAUCGUUCUCCGACUGCCGGUAUAUAUGGUAUCACCUUACCCUAAAAUCAUUAGUCUUCCAACGGUUGUUGUCUUACCGUCGUUUACAACAGCAUCAGGCUGCGAGAAUGCUGGACACGGAGUCGUGUUUGACGCUGGUCUGCUGUUCCUCGCUGGCGCCAUUCCGCCACUCCCAGCUGGCUGUGUUCAUCCUGUUGUGAACGAAGCAGGCCUGAAGCUGCAGAACGCGGUAGCCGUGACCGCAACCGGGCUUCCGCAAGCCGGGCUGCACAAUACUGAGCUGACAUUGGGCGACAGCCCCAUUAUGUGGGUUGCGCGGGGGGGGGAGGGUCUGGUGUUGACUGCAUCCAGUCCUCAUCCCAGAUAAUCCCCGAGGCAGCGGUGACGGCCCCAUUAUAUGGACUGUGGGGGACAAAUUUAAGUGGCGCCUAAGUGUUGCCUGGUUUUUUUGCCCCAGGGGUGGUUAACUCAGGCGGCCCAUACUGCAUCGGCCCAGAGAGGGUGGAGGGCCUGCUCAAGUGCCUGCAGGGUGGGUGGUGGGAUGGGCGCGGCUGUCGGGCGGAGCACGUGCGUUUGAGCGAAUGUCGGUCAAGUGGCCACAGUCUGGGCGCACUUGUGUCCGCGGGGCUGUAGGUCAAGUGGCCGCAGCAGGUGGCGUUGUUAUGGCGGAAAAAAUCCGGUUUUUUACCCAUCACAGGCAUACCACCGGCCUAAUUACAAAAUUGAACAGACAAAAAUCCGGCCCUAUGCGCUGGCUGUGUUGUAUCCAAAUUUCAGUGCAAUUGGUGCAGUACUUUCGGAGAUUAGAUAUAACACAGAAAAAAACCCUUCCAUUUUUAUAUAUAUAGACUACGAGGUCGCCGAGUUUUUCACGAUUGGGUCCAAUGGAUUAAAUAUUGCUCAAACUGCUAACGCUCUGCUCGUUCCGCUUCUAAAUUACGUAUGGAUUUAAACUAGCCCACACAAAUCGUAGCUUAUAAUCUGUCCGAAAAUCGAAGUGACCACUUGGUGGUGGGCCUUUUUGUGGUUGCUUAUGGGGUAUUCGCAAAUGUCGGGGAAAUAUGGACACAUUUAAACAAAUGACUCCCUGCGGGCUUUAGUACUGCUUUUUGGGGCAUGAAAUCGAACGGAUUUAUGAAUUCGGAUUUUGAAAAGCAACAAAACCAAUGGCCCUCCAAAAGAAACAUGCUUGUCCCCAUUCUGUUUCACCUAACCUGCGCAGGCUAAAAAUCAGUUUUCAAAUGCGUCAAGAUUUGUUGGGAGAAAACGCCCCAGCCUACAUUAUUCUCCUCUCGUAGAAGGACUCAGAGGAAUGUGCAAACCUAGCCUAGCACAACGAGUACUACCAGAAAUUGCCCGGAGAGAAACGUUUCCUAAAUUGCAGUCCUGCCAUGCCAAAUGAGCCUGCAUGGUUCGUCCGAGAGCCUUCGCUGAAGGCCAUUCCGCUACCGGCCGCCCAGUGACGCGUCGGGCAGAUCGCAACCAGGCCAACAUACAGGGCCCGCCGUCCCGGGGUUUCCAUAGUCUCUGAUCAAUUGGUCUUCGAGCGUUAGAACAAGAGUACACACUUGAGUACUCAUCUGUCAGGAAAUUUAUGACCGACGGGACAAAUCGUAGAAGUGGUUGAAGUAAAUUAGAGAGGGCUGGUGUGGAGGAGCUGUUAGUCUGUGUCAGCGCGCCCGUCCUCUGGUCUCCACUGCACAGGACAGAUCCCUCAUGCAGUUGUCUUACCUUUUUGCGGGCUAGUGCGCUUUUAUUCCGCUUGUGGUGUUUGGACUACACCCUCGACCAUGACUGCUGUAGGUAUUUGUAAAAGGCGACAUAAUUUGGUGAAGAAUGCAUGGUCUGCGACUGGACUGACAGGUCUCCUUUUCUCGACGGGUGCAAUGCGUUUUGCAGGACCUGUCUGGAGGACAUUACUGCCGACGUGAUGAUCACGUUUCUCACAAAGCCUUCCCCCCUUCCCCGAGGCGCAUGUUUUGCCGGUUGGCGUAGUUGUUGAGAUUCGCGGGGUGAUCGAGAUGUAGAGGUCACAGCAGGCUGAGUGCGUCGCCAUCACGAUGGGGCUCAGGCGGGCCACCACCCACUCACUGAGGAUCGACUACAGACGCCAGCCCUCCAACACACACACACACACAAAGUGCACACACAGGACAGGGCUAAAAAAGGACUGUUUUGUAUCCCUUAGCGUCUGCACGACUCCAGCAUUUUGUUUACAGAGCGCCUGACGGCAGUCUAGUGUUUUGUCAAGGCUGUGCGGCAUACACGCUAUGCGCCGUAAGCGUUUUUUAUAUGGCCUUCCGGAUCGCCAGAUUCGAAUGUUUUAAACGUACGCACGGAGCGGGAUCUACAAUUUCAACGGAGAUUGCGCAAAUCAUGAGAAGUCAGUCGCAAUCCUCAAACUGUAGAAGAGAGACGCGGUAGCUGGAGCUGGAACUUUAUCCACCAGAUCUUUCGGAUUCGCAGUCAAACCUAUCACCAGACACAUCAUAUAAGUGUAGUGGAUGCCCAGAGGUUGCAGUAUUUAGAGGACGCAGUUGUUGCGUCAUCGCACGCCGAGCAAAAUUAGCGUCUCCCGCAAUCAUAGCUGAGGGUUACAUUUGGUGCAAUAAAUGAUUUGAUUGCGCGCAACUGGCUAAUUACCCUGACCAGGCAGGGUCCCAGCACUGAAUGUGGAAGGUGAGGACGUUGUGCUUGUUAAUCCACCGCGAGGUGGAGGACCACCACUCAGAAAACUCAAGGCUCACGCACUCGCGAGAAUUCCAGCCUGAUCGAACUUGAAAGUGUGACUGUGUCCCGUCUAGAGAGGCGCGACCUGGGGACUGACGUCGUUGCUGCUGCGUGCUCGGCCAUCAGCGUCCGAAGCAGUCUCCUAGUGUCUCCGACGUAGUCGUCUUGCCCGCAUCAGCAUCAAAUCCGAUAAACCACUCCACACGUUCCAUGCGUGACGGUGUAUUUUUCGGCAUCAUUACUUGACACCUGAUAGUUGUUUCUGGUCAGCGUGCAACCCAAGCUCCAAGUGGUGUGAGAAGGCGGCUGACGACUUCUGAAGCACAGUUUGGGGCUGUAGGAUUUGGUUUCGCGUCUGAUUUUCGCACGCACCGGAUGAAAAAAAUGUUCAGUUGGCCAUUCACUCCGAGCACUCGUUGAAGGUAUUGCAUUAAUACUAAUAUUACUACUACUACUACUACUACUACUACUACUACUACUGCUACUACUACUACUACUACUACUACUACUACUACUACUACUACUACUACUGCCACCACCACCACUACUACUACUCCUGUUGUCAUUGCUAUUAAUGCUAUUACUACUAUUGCUACCACUAAUGAUAUUACUUCCGCCGAAGCUCUAACUACCACUAGUCCAUCGAAGGAAUUGGGGUUCGGGGCAACGCAUCCAAAUACGCCGUUACAGUGUAAAUAUGCAUCAGCGUUCAUAGUUGAUGAGGUGAAUGAAGACAAAUACUUGCGUCAUAUUUGUCGGCUUAAUGAGCACAGUUGAUUUAAGCCAUCACAUAUAGACAACGACAUCGAGGGAAACCAGCUGGUUGACAUAGUUACGUGGAAAGCCACUUUCUCCGAGAAUCCGUCGAAGCUAUUGCAGUACGACAAGUUUACCAACUGGCAGUGUGCGUCAGUAUCCAUAGAACGCCGAUUGAUAACUUCAGUGAGUCAGGUGUGAGCAAAGGCUGACUGACAGACGUCAAAAUUCUUCACUGGUUGGCGGAGGGACGAUAACCAAACAAGUGGUGCAUGGGAGAGAAAAGGGAAAGUAAGGUCAACACUGAGGAAUCCAUCCCCACAGCACUUAAGCGCUUUCCUAACUAUAAUGGAUCUGACGCACUUACAGCAGGUCGGCUAACUCAUGAAAUGUCAACCAACAUUUCGAAAUGCGUUCUCGUUUCGAAAAGAUUAAUUAAGUAGGGUUGUAAAGCUAAUCAUCAUGUUGCAUAAUUCUAUAAUGAUCCAGUUACUUCAGGGUGCCUUCUUUCGAACGUACUUAUUACCGACUGCAUGCAAGAAGUAUACCCUGCAAAAAAUGACUGCUUACGUAGCAUGCAAUCUUCCCAUUGAUUUUCUAUGACCUCAACAGUUCAAUUAUAUUUCAUGAAGAAAUGCUUAAAAAUAUUCAUUAUUUUGCUUAUUCGGUAGAAAAUCACGUCUUCUUCCAAUUUUAUAUUUGAACGAAGAGUAUAAUUCGGUUUUAAAAAAACUUUUCUAAUUGUGAGAUUUUUUAAUACCGUGAAACGGCCGUUCAUAAAAGUUAAUGUAUCUGCAUUUACCAAUGUGGCUUGUAAAGUUAAUCAUAUUGCUUAAAUCCUUUGCUUAACUUUAUGAACCCCAUAUGGUCUCCUCUUAACAUCGUAGAGAAAUGUACGGUUUUCCGUACACGGAAAAUAUACGGCUUGUAUUUUUGAAGCCCUUAAUGCAAGUAUAACUGCAGGUCGGUUUCAGAAUUAUUUGGGAAUUAGAAAAGUUUUUUUAAAACCGAAUUGUACUCUUCGUUCAAGUAUAAAAUUGGAAGAAGACGUGAUUUUCUACCGAAUGAGCAAAAGGAUGAAUAUUUUAAAGCAUUUCUUCAUUAAAUAUAAUUGAACUUUUGAGGUCAUAGAAAAUAAAUGGGAAGAUUGCAUGCUACGUAAGUAGUCAUUUUUUGCAGGGUAUACUUCAGUCGGUAAUAAGUACGUUCGAAAGAAGGCACCCUGAGGUAACUGGAUCAUUAUAGAAUUAUGCAACAUGAUGACUAGCUUUACAACCCUACUUAAUUAAUCUUUUCGAAACGAGAACGCACUUCGAAAUUUCGGUUGACAUUUCAUGAGUUAGCCCAUCUACUUAAAGUCUGUUAGGAAGGAGCAAGAGUCGUUGCUUGGAAGGUUGCCAACUGACAGGGUACCUCGCUUCUUUUCAAAACUGGAGGGGGGGGGGGACGAGCGGUCUGCAACGUUGCCUUACUACGGCCUUCCUAGCAGUCUCACGCAUGUGGGAGAAGAUCCGACCUUAUAGUGGCCUGAUGCACGUGGCGAAAACCGGGUCGCGCUUGGUCCGCGUAGACGGGAUGUUCGGCUUUAUGAGCCGCUGUGCCAGCGAACUUCUCUAGUUGUCUUGUCAUUAGAGUAAGGUGGGUGGAGCAGGGGACAGCGCAGUAGAUGUUACGCAAGCCUGGUUCACUAGAAUCUGAUUCACGUGCAUGCCCUUGGUACCGCACGCGCGUGGCAACGUCUGUCGCGUUCACGUGCCUUAUGGAUCACGGUUGCUGUAGAGAUUCCAACCUAAGCAAUGAGUUCUUCGGUUGCACUACACGGUUGUGUGACUCUGCUUAUGGCAACUACUGUCUUGCGGAUCCCCCCUUUGAUUGUGUAUGCGUUGCUAGAUAAGGUACUCGGGUCGUUCAUUCACUUAGUCCAGGUGCGGGUUGUGCGUCCUUCCUGUAGCCUGUCAUACUGCUCUGUGAUACCACAUCUGUAGGUGUCAUUUACCCCGUAAGCCCAUCUGCCGUUCUAAAUUUUCCUUUUCCCGCAUGCUGUGCAGAUAACACACUCAGAGCUGAAGCAGCUCCUGCUUUCAGCACUCGUGUCGCCUUCUUUCGGGCUCGUUAACGGCGGUUACUCUCUCCUCCCCAUCUCUGCUACCUCUGGCGGAACCAACAUCAGUGCGCUGUCCCGGUACCUGGCCUUCGGUCUCUCCCCCACGACGCCCUACGUGGACAUGGCUUGUUCUCCGCGUGCCGUCUCCGUCCUUCGCGGUAAUACCUUUCAACUGCUGCACACGGCUCUCCUCACCCCCCAGUUGGGCCCUAUCCUCACGCCCGCGGAGUAUACUGAGGCGCUGAAGGCUGCCUGCUCAUUGGUCAGUAAUGCAGCCAAUUACCAAGCCCGGGAACUGGAUGUCAGUCACAGAGACCGCUUAAACCAGCCGCCACUGCAGGUGUAA